AUGUUGUUCACCAUAUAUUGUCUUCUUUUGAUCUCCGAGCUCUUGAACUCCCAAUCCACUGGAACCAUCACUUUAUCUUCACCACAAGCAUGUAUAAUAGUCGCCCAGAUAGCGACCCUAGAAUCGCCUAAUUCUAUCACAUCGAUGGUUCCAAUUUGUCCAUCUUCAACAUCAGUAUCGAUGAAUUGGCCGUUAUCAGAAGCUGGAGACGGAGCUGCGUCCAGUAUAGGUAUCUACAGUCAGCUAGACGGAGGUCAUGCGGGAUGUGUGAUGAGUAUGAGUCAGAUGACAGCCAUGUAUCUCCUCGGAAGAAUAUUAAGAUGGGAUGAUAGCGGACAGCUGUACGAGGAGGGAGCUGGAGAACAGGUAGCAGAUCCACUGAAUCAGCAAAUCCUGAUUUGCUCCUCAUCUGAUCGGAUGCUGCCUUCUGACCUGAUACUACCGGAUCCCACUUCUUUACCUGAAGAUGACCCGAUGUGGCAGCAGACCAUCACUCUCAGCGACAAUCCAGCUUCUACAACGGAGCCCUCAGACGUAAAUACAUCAAGUAUUGAUCCAUCCGAGGCUUCCUCCACAUCUUCAUCCCUUGAGACCUUCACUUCAAUUUCUUCCCAAUAUAUCGAAAAUACUUCACCAGCAUCCCCAGUCCAAUUUUCUUCCAGUGCUACGGCCGUCGAAGGCGCUUCAUCCCUGAGUGCCACUGGUACCCUCACAGCAGCAUCUCUGCUAGGUUCGAGUGGGUCAGCCAGUACCUCAUCUCCUCAGGAAGUUACGGUGACCGCUACGGACUUCCCUGUCUCAAUAGCCCAACCAGUCGUCAAUGCGACGUCGGUCGAAGCAGGUGCCACCACGACUUCCGAAAGCACCACAGCCGACUCGAGGUCAGCACCCUCCGAUACAACCACUAUAAUAUUGGAAGCAGCCACUGAAACAGCAGAGCCAUCUACUACUUCGGAAUAUAACGUGGCACCCACUGAGGAUUCCACUGAUGCAUCCGGUACUUCGUCAUCUACUUCAAGUAGUUUGAAAAAACCGCCACUGGACCCCACAGGAACUUCAGACUCUUCCUCACAGACUGCCCCACAGCCGACAGCUUCUAUCGCAGAAGACUCUACCAGUCCCGCUUUCUCAUCGUCUUUUGUGUCUGACACUACUACCAUAGUGAUAGAGGCGACAUCUGCAACCGAGAUGAUCUCUGCGUCCUCGGUGGAAUCUGAGCCGGAAACCUCGUCGACUGUCCCUUCUCUUGAUACUUCUGGUCCCUCUGUUACUGCGACCGGUGAUGUCACCUCUGAAGAGCCGCUACCUUCUUCUUCAACUUCCCGAUCAAGCAAUGCUAACUCACCGUCCUCUCAGACCGAAACGGCGUCAAGUCAAGCGACGACUGUGGCAUCGGAUAGUACCAGCCAAGGUGUAAUUGCGAUCGAGACUUCUGUCACUAUCUCACCCUCCGAGCCAGUUUCGACCGAGUCUUCCGUACCCACUCCAGCUGAAUCGCAAGAAACGGGUACCGAGGCAAUCAGUGCCAGCUCAACGUCCAAUACUGCCACUUCAGCCGAGCCUUCCUCGACAGAAGCAGAAAGCGAUAAUCUCGAUAUCCCGAGUGUACAUAUCGAACCAUUUACCCUCACUCCUGAACCUACCAGUACUUUUCCCACUGGGAGCUCAAGAAUUGCACCGCAUGCAACUACUGCUACGGUCAACACCAGUGUAGCGGCGUCAUCUGAGAAUGGCACUGAGACCUUGGCUGGUGCAGGGCUUGUGACCGAUACAGUAUCAGAGGUCUACGUAGAUCAGACUAUCACGACUUUUGUGCAGCCUACUGGUCUACCUACGGAGCUUGCUUCGUCUAUCCAUAUGACCUCCGACAAUCCUUCCCCAGAACCCUCUGCCAUUUCCAACACCGAAUCAACUGAAACCGCCUCUCCAGAUUCUUAUUCAAGUUCCACAGCGGAUCCUCCCAAUACAGCUACUUCUGACAGUUCUCUGGAGCCCAACACUAUGUUAUUCGCUCAACAUGCUGCCACUAUGCCUCCCGUCACCGUCACUGCUACGAAUACUACCAGAGUGGGCGCUGAAACCUCUUCGAACAAGAAGGCAAUCAACUCUGCCAGUAGCGAACCAAUCUCUAAUUCCUCUGUCUCAACUACAACGGAACACACCACCCUAAGCGCACCGAACAUGUCCUUGAAUAGGUCUAGGACCGAUGCAGCUUCACCAUUACCAUCUACCGAUACUACGACCUCGAGCAGUGAUGUACCAACGACAGCUCGGGAAGUGUCCGAGAGCCAUCAGCUGCCUUCAGAUUAUUCGAGUUCUGCGCCAGAGUUCAGUGCUUUGCCCAUACACCAAGCGGCUGUCAACACUGCUCUUCCUGAUACCGCUUCUAAGACGAAGUUCCAAUCGGACUAUCGUACGUCAAUUGAAGACUCCAGCAGCGAUCUCGAACCAAGUAUCAGUAUGGCUACCUUGGAUUCUGACUUUGCAAGCUCACUCAGUGCAGAUAAGAAUAGCAGCGUCACUACAGGUACAGACGAUACCCUUGCAAAGGUAUCCGCCACAUCGACCACUGUGCAACCAGAUUCCACUCUGGCGAUGCACAGACGGCGCCAUCGGCCAGCUAGAAGAGGUAUGAUGAGCCGUCGAUGGGGUCCAGGGGGAGGAUUGGGUGGAUGGGGCGGAGGUGGACGAGGUGGUUGGGGAGGGAGCUGGGGUGGAGGAUGGGGAGGUGAUGAAGAGGAAGAUUCUGGAUUUGGGGGAUGGGGAGAAGCUAUUGCUGAGGGUAUAGGUGAAGGAGCUCAAGGUGGUAGUGCUUUAGUGAAUAGUAAUGCCAAAGCGGAGCCACUGGAACAACCACAACAGACUGUGGAGACGCCUGCACCAGCUGUACCUUCCCCUUCGCUCGCUUCGACCCCUACCCGGAGUGCUGCACCUUCUCCUACUCAGUAUCAAGGGGCUUCCACCUCACAGUAUCUCUCUGACUCCUCCCUCUUAGGUUCCACUGAUCAAGCAGCUGGCUCUACCAUUGGCCAGAGUUUUCUUUACAGUUCUGCUUCUGCACGACCUACCCAGCCUGCUUCUCUUGCGUACAGCUCUAGCUAUCCUCUCAACUCAUCAGCAGCUGAAAUGGCGUCAUUUGAAGCUUCUUCUUCGGCUGCGCCACCUUCGCCCAUUGUCGACCCAGCAGCGAGCUCGGUCGAAGCUAUAAGGUCGAAAAAGCCAGCUACCGACUCUUUUAGUCUUGCAACAUCCAAAUCCGGCAUGCUGACUUCGGAGGAAGCAAUGACUAUUCAGACCGAAACGGAUCCAUCCAAGUUCAACACCGCACAGUCCGCUGCUUCAUCGAUUUCUCAAGUCGGAUCCGUAUCAGACGGCGUCGUCACUUCUACGUGGCUAUCUGGAGCGACUCCACCGUCUCCUGCUCCCGAGGCCAGUGCAUCGAUUUCUCGACCGCCUGUACCAGACUCGAGCAAGGUUUCAAAGUCUCAUUCUCUUAAUGUCGAAACCACAGACACUUCCACAUCUCAGAAAUCAAUCACAGAAACGGAAACUUUCCAGCACACAACUACGCAACUCUCAACUUUUCAUGAUCUAACCACUGAAACCUCUUCAACUACAGAUAUCUCCACUUUCCAGACAUCCACAACUGCUGUGUCGACUUUUCAAUCGUCAACGACGGAUAUAGAGACUUAUCGAACAUCCGUCACUCAAACUUCUUCAGCUAUUGCCACUGAAUUUACAACCUCAACGGAUAUGUCAACUUUUCGUACGUCAACUACUGAAUUAUCUUUAACUACUGUCACUGAUACUUUAACUUUCGGAACUUCAAUCACUCAAACAGCUUCGACUACCACAACCGAUUCUACCACUGAAACUUCCACUUUUCAUACUUCAGCUUACGAGACAACCACUUUGCAAACUUCCACAACGGCCACUUCAACUGCUAUAAUCACCUCUACGUCCACACAGCUACCCACCACCACAAGCAGUUCGACUUCGACGGCGAGUGAGAGCUCAUCUGCCUCCUCUGAGAUGCCCAGUACAGGAACUCCUUCAUUCACAGUCGAACGUCCGUUCUCGUCGGAUGCGCCCUCAAGUACUUCUUUAUCACCAUCAUCAGCGGCUACCGAACAGCCUCCACCUUCGUCCUCUACUACACAUUCUUCAACGGAACCUCCUCCUCCUCCUGCAACUUCAUCCGUCGAUUCAUCACCACCAUCCUCAUCCUCUGAAGAACAACCACCACCUACAUCGCCAUCCUCACCCGAGAGUACGGAGGAAGCCUGGACAGAAACUCCCUCCUCAUCUUGGUCUGAGCCAGCAUCAGAUCCUUCCCAACCGACCGAGUCCUCAUCUUCCUCUGAGACACCACCCUCUUCUGCUGUUGAAGAUCCUCCCACUGAAGAACCGACUCCCGACCCUGAGCCUGAUACAGGUCCACCGGUAUUCUCAGUAGACGGCUCGGCAGUAGGUCAAUUCACAGGUCCAGGACCUGCAGCAAGAUCGCUUGGCGAUCGGGAUCGUCGGAGAGCAAUUCCCACUAAGCGAGACGUAGCGGUGACCGCUCCUUUACCAACAAUCACGUCAAAAUCGAUACCGAGUCCCGCUAGAUUUGCCACCGCCACCGGACCAACACCGACUGAAAAUGUACGCUCAUCACUAGGGACAGAUGAUAGCCAAAUAAGACUAAAAAGACAUGUUUUACGGUCAAGAAGAAGAGACAGGAAUCGAAGAAUUUACACAUUUUUAGGUUAA